UCGCUGACCGAUGACGUAGCCGGCGCAUGCAUACUUGGCAAGGCUCGAGGGCUGCUGGUUCCGAGGCUAGAGCAUUUUAAAAGUCAUCUGCACCUUCUGACUGGGAAAAGAUGGUCAACGUCUUGAAAGGAGUGCUAAUAGAAUGUGACCCUGCCAUGAAGCAGUUCUUGCUGUACUUGGAUGAAUCAAAUGCCUUAGGGAAGAAGUUCAUCAUUCAAGACAUUGAUGACACUCACGUCUUCGUUAUCGCAGAGUUGGUGAACGUCCUCCAGGAGCGAGUAGGUGAAUUAAUGGACCAAAAUGCGUUUUCUCUUACCCAGAAGUGAAGAUGCUCAGUAUUGACCACUUAGGAAUUACAAGUAACAAAUGUGAGAGAUUGUCACCAUUCUGUCCUGUGUGACAGGUGAGACUUAGCGGCUUGGGCGCCUAUCAUGACAAAAACUGUGAUGUUGUUUGUUCAGGAAAAAAGUCCCUGAGCUGAUGUUCUUGUUUUUGUUUUUGCUUUCCAGUACGUGUAUCCUAGAAAUUUAAGAAAAAAAAAAAAAAAAAAAAAAUUUCAAUGGUUGUCUGUAAUUUGGCUUUUAUUACCCUACAUUAAAAUAUAAAUGUAAAUGGUUUUCCUACCUUUUUAAUACCAGUUUAAUACUUAAAGAAUAUAAUGGAGUAUGCCUUUAUCAGUUUAACCUAGGUGUUUGUUUUGCUUGUUCCUGUUAAUGUGGGAUUUUGUAGUGGGGUUGUGGUUUGUUUUGUUCUAAUUACAAACUGCACAGAUUGAUUACUUAGAUAAAUAUGCCAAGGUGGGACCUUUGGUGAUAUUUAUGUCUUUGCAAGUAAUAUCUGCAUACCGGCCAGCUCUAUUAUUGAAGAAGAUUGCGAAGAGAACCAUGUUACAUUGAUGUAAGCUACACUUUGCAUUUCCCUAAAAAUACAGUGUUUUAAAAGUACA